AGUAACUCCGUAUACACUUUAUUUUGGACGAAGUUGAGGGGUCGACGGCAGCGCCACCGCAAGUCUUCUCCCGUCCCAAGGCGGCGGUCAAGCUCCCUCUCACUCACAGUGCGGACUCUUUUACCAGUGUUGAUUUCACGGUAGCGCCUAAGCUCCGCUUCACAGUCGCCAGGUGCGCCGCCGUGGAGUUCAAGGGGAUGUACUAUGGAAGCAAUCACGUCACACACUCUAUCCGUUUUAAAGAAUGAAAUCUUUAAAGGGUCUUUUUUAUUUGCGAAAGAAUCUUUCUCUACCAUGAAGUGGACUAUUAGACAUCACCCUACUUUGCAAUCUUUAAAGCAUGGUGAAAGGAUGUGGCCUUGUCUUAAAACUAGGCCAUGGGGCAGAGGACGUGAUACAGGUGUAGUAUUUGUUCUGGGCACAGGCAGAGUGCCGAGUGUUGGUGGUCAAGAUAGCUCCAAUGUUGAUGACAGCAGUGGUGGUGGUCUAGGUGGUGGAACGCGUUUGGGAAGGAUAGUUGGUUCAGGGGGGAGAAAGCUUCUGGAGAAACUCAAUUCGACCCGGAAAAAUUUCCCGGUGAAGGUAUUUCUGAUUCUCCUAGGAUUCUACACGGCAAAUGCGUUGUCUACAAUCCUAGGACAAACUGGGGAUUGGGAUGUAUUGGUAGCCGGCAUAGUUGUUGCAGGGAUAGAGGGAAUUGGCAUGCUAAUGUACCGGAAACCGCCUUCUCUUCCUACCAGGAGGCUUCAAUCUCUGGUAGGGAUGGUGAACUACUGGAAAGCUGGUGUUUGCUUGGGCCUUUUUGUAGAUGCUUUUAAAUUAGGAAGCUGAUUGAUUCCUUUGAUCUUCAUUUUUGUUUUUUGUAAAGGAGAGAUUUGAUAAUUGCUUUUUAUCAUUACUAGCCCUUCCAUUUAUAUUUAUGGCGGUAUGGAAUAACUUUAGAGAUUAGUA